UGUUGUUGUUCCCACGGCUCCAAUCCUGCCUUGGCUUCUCGCCUCCUGCUUCAACGCUGCUCCUGCAGCAGCGACUGCAGCAGCCGCAGCAGCAGCAGCAACAUAGAUGGAAGGGGAGGAGGGGGAGGAGGAGGAGGAGGAGGAGGAGGAGGAGGAGGAGGAGGAGGAGGAGGAGGAGGAGGAGGAGGAGGAGGAGGAGGAGGAGGAGGAGGAGGAGGAGGAGGAGGAGGAGGAGGAGGAGGAGGAGGGGGAGAGGACUGAGAAGGAGCAGAUGGUCCUGGCGUUGAUCCGCCUGCUGGUGCUCGGCC